AUGCAAAAGCCCCGCCAACUUCCGGCCGCCCCCGGCGCCCUCGGCAAUGGCGGGCGGACGGGGGGAAGCGGCGGAGGGCUGGAGCGCACGCGCAGCGGAACCUGGAUGGGCGCAGCGGCGCUUAACCCGCAAAAAGAAAAGCUUUCCGCGCUCCGCUCUCCCGGUAGCGCCCCGCCGGCGGCGGAGGACAAGAGCGGCGGGGGAAAAGGGCGCGCUGGAGGGGGAGGGCCCCGCCCAGGAUCAGCCGGAAGCGGGAGGGACACGUCCAAGGCGGGGGAAAAGGGGAGAUUCGGCGAGGGGAAAUGGCGGUUCGGCUUUACGUCGCGUCAGGAUGCACGAGCCACGUCGUCGCCGCGCGUCGGGCCGUCGUCUGGGCUGAUGGGGCUGUCUUUAGGCGGCGGCGGCGGUGGCGGCGGCGGGGACGGCCCGUUAAAGCGCAUGGCGCGCAGGAUGUUUCCGCCUGUCCCCGCCCCGGGCAGCAGCAAGAGCAGCUCCCUCUCGCUAGUGGCGGGCUUUGGCGGCUACCGCGCCCUUCGCGGCGGAAGCGGCGCCGCCGCCGCGUCAGGCGCGGCAGCGGGCAGCGGCGUCGCGGGAGGAGGCGCAACUGCUAGCAGUAGUGGCGGCGCGGCGACGGGCGCGCAAGCCGCCGGCGGAGCCGUGAAAACCGAAAUGCUGGCGUUCGAAAUCGGGUGCAUCAUGCGGCGCCUCUUAGAAAUCGACGACUCGACGAGCGAGCGCUCUCUGGCCGCGCUUCGAGCUAACCUCCAGGCGCCCGGCGUGGUAACCCUAAUCUCCCCCGACCUGCAGCUCCUGUGGAGCCUGGCCGGCGCGGAAAAGGCGGAGGAAUUGCAGAGCGUGGCGCUACGAGUGGCCGUGCUGGGCCGCAAGUGCCGGCAUCCUAGGCUGCACUCGUUAGGCGAUAUGCUUGACCGGCUUACCGCUCCCGCUUCUCCCGCGGCGCGCGCGGUUUCCGCUGCCGCCCCCGCUGGCGGCGUAGCUGGCGGAGGCGGCGCAGGCGGCGCGGGCGGCGCGGGCGGUUCUAGCAGUGCGUCGAGUUCUGGGGGGUUAGGGCGGUUCGCAUGGGCGGGGGGAUUCGCGGGCGCGCGCAGCGGGGCCGCUGCUGCGGGGGCGCCAAGGGGAGCGGGCGGCGGCGCAGAAGCCGCGGAGUUGGACUUGGCGCAGUUCACCGCGUCGGCAACGGAAGCCGAGGCGCUGAUGAGGUUCAUGAAAGAGCAGGCGGAGGCGACGGAGCGACUGCGCGCGGAGAUGGAAUCCAUUCAGCAGCUGCACCGCCGCCCCCUGCUUCUCCCUUCCCUCAUUCUCCCCCAACCCUACUCGCACCCCACCUUCCCUUCCCCCCCCCCCCUGCCUUCUUUCCCCCCCAACCAAAUCAGCAUCCAGGCAUACGGCGAGUGGAACAAGCUCCAGGACAUGGUAGCGCAGGGAAAGGCCAUCGAGAGGCUGCAGUCGCACUGCCUGUGGUCGCUCGACCUCGACUUCCCCGUUCAGCUCCUCGUCGCCGCGCUCUGCCUGCUGCGCGCGCGCAUCCUUGCUGCCUUCGGCCCCGCGCCUGCUGCCCCCCCGCCGCUGUGCGGAGUGUCGCUGGGCGUGUGGGGCCUGGCGCUGCACUAUGCGAACGUGGUGGUGGUGGUGGAGAGGAUUAUUCAACAGCCGGAUGCGGUCAUGGGCAAGACCAGUGUGUGUGGGGGGGGGCUGCCGCUGUGCGGAGUGUCGCUGGGCGUGUGGGGCCUGGCGCUGCACUAUGCGAAUGUGGUAGUGGUGGUGGUGGAGAGAAUCAUUCAACAGCCGGAUGCGGUUAUGGGCAAGACCAGGGACGAGCUAUACGACAUGCUCCCGCGCAGCAUACAGCAUUCCCUGCGCCGCCAGCUGCAGAACCCGGGGAACUUCCUGCCGGACGGGAGAGUGGAGGCGAACCUCAAGCGCGGGCUGCUGCUGCUGCCCACCAUGGCGCACAACACCAUCUUCUGGCAGUCGCUGCACACGCCGGGGACCAACAUGGGGACGGAUGAAGUCGUCUUUCAAGUGCAGACGUUCUACUAUGCGAAUCGGGAGAGCGCGGAUGCGGCGCCGGUGGACGUGCUGCUGGGGCUGUCUCCUCUUUGA